UUCCUUCCAUCCCUUCCUUGCUGUUUGUUGUUUGUUAAUUUCGUGCGGGUUCUCUCUCCCUCUGUCUCUGUGGUCGUGGGCCAACACGGCGAGACAAUCUCGCCCCCUCGUCAUCCAAGAACCUUCUUGCGCUUGAUAUUUUGGGCACUUUGUUUGUUUAGGUAUCUCGCCGUCACCGUCACGCCCGCAUACCUCCUCUCCUGCUGCUGCCCUGCUGUUGCCACUCUGUUGGCCUUGUCGAUUGGUGGUAGUGGUGGUGGUAGUGCUGCGGAGUGGGGUUGCAGUCGGAAAGUGAAUUUGGUCCCGUGGCGUGGUCCGGGGAGUGGAUUUGAAGUUCGAGUGAGGUUGUGAGGAGCGGGUCAGGCAAGGGUUCGGGGCUUUAGCAAGCGGUUCGCGAUGGCGACCGCCGGCGUGUUGGACGAGGAGACGACGGCCAAGGUUUUGCGUCAGAUGGAAUUUUACUUCAGUGACAGUAAUCUUCCUGGGGACGCCUUUUUGCUGAAGAACAUUGAAGAGAGUGACGAUGAUAUGGUUGAACUAUCUCUUCUGUGCACAUUCCAAAAGAUGAGAAAACAUUUGGGAGUGAACGAGUCAGACCCGACCAAAUUUCCAGCUGAUAAACUAGCUGGCGUAGCUGAAGUUCUGCGUAACAAGUCGACCUUUCUCCGUGUCUCUGAAGAUGGGAAAAGAGUAGGGCGUGUGACGAAGCUUCAGAAACCGGAGGUCGUACAAGCGGAAGUAGAUGCCCGUAGCAUUGCGGCUAACCCCUUUCCCUACACCAUUACAAUGGAGGAAGUGGAGACCUUUUUCAAGCAGUACGGACAGGUCAAGAGCGUGCGGCUUCCAAAACAUGCUUCCAGCAAGAAUGUUCUGUCAGGUUUCGCAGUCGUUGAAUUCUCUUCGGAAGAGGAAGCAAAGAAGAUUUUGAAAAUGGAGCUGGUAUGCCAAGGAGCCACCUUGGAACUGGAGCCUAAGACCACUUUUGAUGAACGAAAAGAGACAAUUUUCGAUCAAGGUGCAAAUGGUGGCAGGCAAUCAGGGGAGUCAAAGACCAACAGAAGGAAUGAGAAGAAGUUCCAAGACAGGCAUACAGAUUCAGAGGAAGACUACCAAAAGGGGUUAAUUGUUUCUUUUACUGCUAAAAAGAUUGGUGCUUUGGAUGAAUCUGAAAAGAAAGCAGAUGAUGAAAAGGUAGUUGAGGGUGAAAAGCCUAGCGAAAUAGAAAGUGGAGAUGAAGAAAAACUUUCCCGAGAAGAUAUUAAAGGUGCUUUGGCCAAGUUCGGAGUAAUUCGGUACGUGGAUUAUGCUAAAGGAGACUCUACAGGGUUCCUACGCUUCGAUGUACCUGAGGACGCACAAAAGCUUAGAGCUGCUGCUGCUGUCACACCUGAAGGCGGGUUGACAAUUGCUAAACAUUUGGUAACCUUCGAGGCACUCGAAGGAGACGAAGAGGCAGAAUACUGGAAGAAACUUAGGGAAGGUCAAGGUAACAAGCGGGACUUUGGUGGUGGCAGAGGCUUUGGUGGAGGUAGAGGCUACGGUGGCCGCGGUGGUGGAAGAGGUGGCGGUGGAUGGGGAGGUCGAGGAGGAAGAGGAAGGGGUGGCGACAGGGACAACAGGAAUAACAAGCGUCGUAAUGACGGUGAAGCUCAAUUUAAAUCUAAGCAACAGAAAACGGAGUAGACACAAUGCAGUUGAAGCUUUGAGCAUGAUGAUAGUGAGAGGAGCUUAACAAGUUGCAACAACAAUUUUGUUGCUGUCGAUACUUUGUGCAAACUUUUUACCGAGGCCAGAUUAGACAUGAGGUGUUAUCAUUUUAUAUCUCUUUACAUCAACUUGAGGAAAUUUUGGUGCUGAGAACUGUCUCGUGCCUUCAAUUUAAUAUUGCCCUUCUAAAACUUUCGAUGGAAGAUUUGGGCGAUUUGUUAGUCCCAUCUCAUUGAUCGCAGUUGUGAAGAGCCUGGGAGCAUCUUGACUGCAACGUACAGCUCAGCUGUGUUAUACGUUUUUGACACCUGUCGAGUCAACAAGAAAAACCAUAUAAUUUGGUUUUGAGUGGCCU